AUGAGUUCAAAUGUCGGCCUUACCACUCCUCGAGGGAGCGGCACGUCUGGAUAUGUCCAGCGCAAUCUUUCUCUCCUAAAACCUCGCGAUCCAAACUACGGAGCCCCGCCUGCGCCAUAUGGUGAGAGUGGUCCCAGUGACGCUGGAUUUAAACAGAGGCAACCCGAUAAACAGAUCCUCGAGCAUGACCGGAGGAGAGCAAUAGAAGUCCGAAUCAUAGAAGAAAGGGAUAGGCUUGAAGAAGAGAACGAGAAAAUCGCCGAGGAGAAUAAGAAAUAUGUCGCGAAAAAUAAAAAGGGUACAGAAGAAGGCGAGAAAGGCGAUACCAGGGAGGAAACACGGAAACUAAGGGCCGAGCUAACGGAGGAAGAGAUAGAAGAAAGGCUUGAUAAACUUCGUGAGAAGUUAACGAAUGAAUUGGAGGAUGAGCUGGCAGGUAGGCAUCGACCAGGGCUAGAAUCGAGACAUAGAGAUCAGCCUGGCUACGAGCCAUAUCCAACAAGGGGACAAAGGCGAUCGAAUGGAUCUGAGGAGAAAAGUGGCUAUAAAGGCCGCAAACAGUUUAAAACCUAUCAGGUUCACGAGCAAGCCGAGGCCAAAAUUCAAGAGAGUGAAAGGCUACGAAAAGCUCUUGGAAUCCGGGGAGAAGGGGAACAAGGGCCUUGGGAUUCCGGCCGUCACGGGGAUAGGGACAGAGGAGGUAGGGACCGCCUUAAUGAUAGAGACUCGGACCGACGACGGUGA